UAGGUAAAACUACAUGCAAAGAAAGGCCGUUGAACAAAAAGCAACAGCACACUCUAGUGCCAACAUGAAGCACACACUAUGCAUAGCCUUUGGUAAAUGCAUGCUGACAUCUGGUGGCAGCAAGAUAUCCACGCAACUACAGACCAUGGCGCGUAGCUUGUUUUUUAAUCCUCUUGGGGCGCUUUAGGAGAAGACUUCCCACAUAACAUGCUGGACACGCGGCGCGCUGUGCGCAGUGUCCAAAUCGGAGCAUUACAUUAGAACCAGGCGUAUACGCACACCGUAUUAGCUUGAAUCGGUCUGGCAAAUGACAACAGAACUUUAAGUGGCCUUCUUCUCUAAUGUAAGAGUCUCUAACACUGCAGGUUCAGCUAUUUUUGGCCUCGCAGGGCAGGCAAUGAUUGAUGAACAAUAUGACGUGCCCGUCCAGCAGCUCAAUGAUCUACUGGUUGACGAAAAUGGAGAUUUCAUGAUGCCUUCAAAAGAAGUCAACGAAGUUUACCCAAGCAUAUAUGUCGGAAACGAAUCUGCGGCCAGAAAUGUGUCUUGUCUGCAGAGUCUAGGUGUGACCCAUGUCCUGAAUGCUGCAGAGGGGGACUCGCUCAUGCACGUCAACACCAACGCAGAGUUCUACGCAGGCACGGACAUCACGUACUACGGGAUACCUGCGUGGGACACAGAUCACUUCGAUCUCAGCGUCUUCUUUGAAGAGGGAGCCGAUUUUAUUGAGAGUGCACUAGCAUACAAACAUGGAACAGGCAAGGUAUUCGUGCACUGCCAGAAGGGUUACAGCCGCUCUGCUACACUGGUACUUGCUUUCCUCAUGCUGCGGCAGAGCAUGGACGUGAGGACCGCAGUAGCCAUGGUCCGGCAGAAACGGGAGAUCGGCCCAAACGAUGGCUUUUUACGCCAGCUUUGCCAGCUCAACGACAGACUGGAGGCAGAGGGGAAGCUCUAGGAGCAGAGACUCUAACUUUUCCUGUUCUUUUUUUAUGCCAUUUCUUCAGAUGACAAUAUCAACAUACUGUCAAAACUGAAACUACUGAUUUAUGGUGCUGACAGAAUGUUAUGUUGUGUGCGCGUGUUUGCGUGCGCGCGUGCGUGCGUGUGUGUGUGUGUCUUUCUGUCUGUCUGUCUGUCAGUCGCAGGGGUGCCACUCAUGUGAGUGAUUUGUUUACUGUAUGUGUAUUUUCAUGCAAGUAUGCUUUGAUGUUUUAUGUCCUGCCAAGUAAGGCAGACGUAAACUACCCACAGGCUAACUCUGGCACAGUGCAUUUAUUUUUAAAUUGUAUAUGGUCCCUAUUUAAUUGAAACGGAAUAUGCAAAUGUAUUUGCCUGAAGAAAAUCGUAGCAGGCCCUAUAUGCAUUGUGAUUUUUGUCAUUGUGAAGUCACUGGACCUUUGGACCUCAAGCUCUGAAAACACUUUGUCAUUUGAAGGAGUUCAUUUCAGAGUUUUAGGCCAGUUACACACAAGAGCAUUCCAUGGCAGCAGCGAGAAGACGGUGGUCUUUCAGCUGAGUAUCAGGCAGUGUGGCCAUUUCACACCGACAGCAUUGGUGUGCGCGGCCAGUCCUGUUCAAAAUCCCCCCACAGCUAAUGCUAGUUUGCUACUUUGCCAUUAACUUCAAUGGGACACCGCCGGCCACCACUUAAAA